GGUUAUCCUACAAUGCUUUUGCCAAACGGCAGUAAGGUUGUCUUGGUCUGAUUCGCGAUGGCUACCGGGAUAAUUAGAUGUGACAACAUCGACGACGUUUUCCGAAAGGCAGCCGAGAUUCAGUGCCGAGUUCCUUCCCUGUCGAGUAGUGAGCGCUCUUCUUCUGGAGUGUCUUCAGCGGCCUCCUCGCCAGCUAAUGCGAAAGUAAUUAGCUUUGCCAAUCCAGCAGCCGAGCUUGAAGAUUUACGGGGAGGCAGUACUAAUCCGGGACUCGUGCUCGAUCCAAGCGGACUUACAAGUGAAAAUGCAACACCGAGAAGUUUUUGUACGGGAAUUGUGUCACUGAGAGACGAACUAUGGCUGGACAUCGAAGCACGCCUACAGCAACAUCCGAUCCAACUGUCCAAGAAACGAACUCUGGCCGAGAAGUGCCGUCACUUCGUACAGAGUAAGUGGAGAUUUGUUUCUGUGUCGAUGUUGCCAAUGAAGAAUGUGAGUGGCGAUCAGCGUCCGUUAUCGCCACGCGAUGGCGACGGUGACGACGUCGAAAAAGACGAGAAUGCGAAUCGUUCCGGCGCAGCUGAAUCGACAACGUCAGGCAGCAGCAGCAGCAGCAGCAGUAGCAGCGCUUCGGGAUCUUCCACGUCGAAGACGCGGCCUGCUGAGAGUAAAAAGAAGCGGCCGCGGAAGGAUCCCGACACGAUGCCACCGUUCUCCUGUACGCCGGUCUAUGUGAUUAUACUCUUAGCGAUUUUUCUUGUACUAGUCAUUGGUGCUAUCACUACCAUUAUCGACAUGCGACCGGAACUUAUUUACGGUAGAAAAAAUGCGUCAUUAGUGCAAAUAGCCCAAGAAUUGCUCAAUACCAAUACCACUCAUGUUUGACCAUUUCUUCGUAGGAAGGAGUUGUUUUUUUUAACUUUGUAUUUCUUUUUUUCUUUGUUUGUUUCCCUUACCCUGAGAGAUGUCAACGAAACGCUGACAUCUCGAACACAAGGGUAAGAAAGAUUUCAACGCAUAUUUCAAAGUUUGUACUGUGUAUAUAUUUCUUUAUUACUUCAUAACAUCAUUCCUGACAAAUUGUGCAGUUGGAGGAGAUUUUUGAGGCAAAAUAGCAAAU